CUCAGCAAAAAAGCAAGAUCCCUUCUGGAUCGUCGCAGCUCCACAUUUUCUUCUUUGGACCUGAAUCUUCAUCGAUCUUUUGCCAGAACAACCUUCAUCCUUCUCAGACUACUUUUGAAGCAAACAAAUAGCAAUGGCAGGGGAAAGCACGACACUUCUCAACGGGAAAACCAAGGAGAAAACCGAGAUCCAAACGACAUUUGGGGACAAUUCGGACUCUUUUGUGAACUUGAAGUCCCAAAAUAAUGGACACAGGUUGUUCAUUGGGUUUUUGGCGUGCAUGAUAGUAGGGCUGGUUGCCCUAAGUGUUGCCGUUAUCUAUGAUGUCAUGCCCAGCAGAGGUAGCAGCAGCAGCAGCGCCAGGAAAAUUAUCAAGAAGUACGACAGUCGAGCUGCAUCCCAGUUGGAUGUUUUGAAUUCCAUGUACGAUCCCGAGUUGGACAUUGAAUCUGGCUGUGAAAGCACGAUUUUGCUCUUUCGACACUGCGAAAAGUAUCCUGAUGAUGGAGUGGUUCACCAAGGAGGGAAUAGCUACUGUUCUUGGUUGGGCCGAGAGAGAGCCUAUUUUCUACCAUCACUGUUUGACCCCAGCAAUCCACAACACCGAUGGCCAGUGCCCACAAAGAUCUUUGCCUUGACACAAGACCGAGAGUCCAAACACAAGGUUAAUUACAGAGAAAUUGAGACGGUCUUGCCGUUGGCCAAAAAGUUUGACUUGGAAAUUGAUGUCUACCCCUUCAAAGUAAAAGUGCUGGCUGACGAAUAUUUCAAGCAACUGCAAUCAGGCGAAAUGUGUGGGAAAGUGAGUGUGAUUUCUUGGAAGCAUGAGCUGCUUGCCGACCUGGCCGUGGCCUUGGCUUGUGGACCUGAUGAAGGAUGUCCCUACGAAUAUCCCCAUGACUCGUUUGAUGAAGUCUGGCAAAUCAAAUAUGUGCUCGAUCCAGAGGGCAAGGCCGAGACAGCCCCCAAUCCCAUGGACUUGAAUGUAACAAUCAACUAUAAGCAAGCAAGCGAUUCGAAGCAUGCCACCGAUGUCGACGACGAUGAUGACGAUGAUGAUGCCACAAGAAUUGAUGCUGCUCCGGAUCAAGGAUCAGGAGUCCGAGGGAGGAUGCUCAAGAAGAAAAAGCACAAGCACAAAAAGCCAGCAAAAAAGCAUUGGGUGGUGUACGGAACCAAGACAACACAAGCCUUUGAUCCCCUCGCAUUCAGCUUGAAAUCUGGAGACUAUCCACCGAACGGUACUUCCAGUGGAGGGCAAUGGGCCGACGAAAUUUAGAAAAAGUACAAAGGACGGUUGUCAUCAAUCCUCAUGGCAGUGAAAAAGACCGCAGACAGACAAAUUUUGGAGAGGUACGGUAUAUAUCGUACAUACUAAACAACGUACAUUAGACAUGAAAAAACUGUAUAGAAAAUGGACCCCACUAAUCUUAUUUAAAACUUCACCAUCGAGAG